AUGCCCUCCAAAUUCCAUUUCUACAUUAACCGUCAUACGGGCUUGCCAGAGGACGCUUACCACUUCACCAAGGGCGAGCCAUCUGAGAACGAAAGCCGAUCCCAGGCGCACACAGACUUCCGCAACGCCCGCGGCCACCUCCCCCACGCCGGCCUCAACCCCAUCCGCUCAUCCACCGGCGUAGUCUGGGUGACGGACCGCGCCACCGAACACGGCUACCUCGAAGCCCGCGACCAAUGGGCGAACCUAGGCCAAGGAGCGCCAGACGUCGAGGACGACAUCGCGGGGUGCUUCCGUCGCCCGGACACCAUUGACAUCACCGUCUCGGCGAGGGAAUAUGCUCCCAUAGCGGGGAUAAAACCGCUGCGGGAGGCGGUGGCGAAGCUCUACAACGAGAUGCACAGGAAGGGGAAGGAGAGCCAGUAUACGUGGGAGAACGUGGCUAUUGUUCCUGGUGGGAGGGCUGGUUUGAUACGGAUUGCUGCGGUGUUGGGGUCUGCGUACAUGUCAUUUUUCUUGCCGGACUAUACGGCGUAUAAUGAGAUGUUGUCUCUUUUUAGGAAUUUUGUCUCUGUUCCCGUACCUCUAUCUGCCGACAACGACUACCAGCUAGACCCGGGCCUGAUAUCCUACGAAAUCGCCCGCGGUGCCUCCAUCAUCUUGACGUCUAACCCUCGCAAUCCUACGGGGAGAGUGGUCAAAAACCCGGAGCUGGCAGAGAUCCAGAGGCUCUGCCGUGGGCGCGCAACGUUUGUGGCUGACGAGUUCUACUCGGGAUAUAACUACACGAGCGGGUGCGACGGUUCGACAGUGUCGGCAGCGGAGAACGUCGAGGAUGUCGACAGAGACGAUGUGAUUAUCGUCGAUGGGUUGACCAAGAGGUUUAGAUUGCCCGGGUGGAGGAUUGCGUGGGUUUUGGGGCCCAAGGAAUAUAUCAAGGCGAUUGGUUCAAGCGGCAGCUAUCUGGACGGCGGUGCUGCGCAUUGCCUGCAAGAGGCCGCAAUACCGAUUCUCGACCCCGAACUUGUGAGGAACGAGAUGGCAUGUCUGCAGAGGCACUUUCGAGACAAGCGCGACUACGUCAUAGGCAGACUGCGAAAGAUGGGAUUUGAGUUCAACUACGUCCCAGAUUCGGCCUUCUACAUAUGGCUCAACCUGCAAGGCCUACCAGAGCCUAUUCGUGACGGGCUCAGUUUCUUCGAAGCCUGCCUCGAGGAAAAGGUCAUCGUCGUCCCGGGCAUAUUCUUCGACUUGAACCCUUCGCAUCGACGUGACCUGUUUGAUAGCCCGUGCCACCACUUUGUGCGGGUUUCUUACGGUUCGAAGAUGGACCAACUACGGAAGGGGUGCGACGGAAUCGAGAGGGUCAUACAGAAGUAUUCCUCUUCUUAA